GAAGCUCAUAGAGACUCAUCUGAAAACCAUUCCCAGUCAUGCAUUUUCAAAUCUGCCCAAUAUUUCCAGAAUCUACUUAUCUAUAGACGCAACUCUGCAGCAGCUGGAAUCACAUUCCUUCUACAAUUUGAGUAAAAUGACUCACAUAGAAAUCCGGAAUACCAGAAGCUUAAUUUACAUAAACCCUGAUGCCCUAGAAGAACUCCCCCUCCUUAAGUUCCUUGGUAUUUUCAACACUGGACUUAGAAUAUUCCCUGAUCUGACCAAAGUGUAUUCCACUGAUGUAUUCUUUAUACUUGAAAUCACAGACAACCCUUACAUGACCUCAGUCCCUGUAAAUGCAUUUCAGGGACUGUGCAAUGAAACUUUGACACUGAAACUGUACAACAAUGGCUUUACUUCAAUCCAAGGACAUGCCUUCAAUGGGACUAAGCUGGAUGCUGUUUACUUAAACAAGAAUAAAUACCUGACAGUUAUUGACAAAGAUGCAUUUGGAGGAGUAUACAGUGGACCAACCUUGCUGUGA